AUGGCGACUCCGAUCGGUUCUCCCCGUGUCCCCUCGACUGUCGGUUCUUCACUAGUGACGCCAGUUGCUCGGGAUGUCGUGGAGCCCGAUGAUAGUGCCCACGACGAUCAGAGAGCUCAGCACCAUGCGCCACCUUUGCCAUGCUCUGCUGCUGCUGCUUUCGCAACGCCUGGCACGAUGCCCGCCGGCAUGCUGCCUGCUUCUGCCACCGCUCGUGCUUUGCCUUUGUUGCCUGCCUUUUCUGCGUCCGCUGCUCCUGCUGCUUCCGCACCUACCCUUCUUCCGACCGAUCUUUCAGCUUGUCCUCUGUCCCUUCGCGGGGAUCCAGAGGGCGCUCGGGCCCUCUAUGGGUCCGGGCCGGACGGCCGUGGUCCACCGAUUUCGGACCCGGCGUCCUUCCGCCCACCACGCCCCGAUUCCUACGGGCCGGUGGCUGGCCGCGGUGGAGCCUCGCUCCCCGACGAGCCCAUGAGCGAGCAUCUGGGUGCACCCCAUGAUUCCGUCGCAACGAUUACCGCGGCGGGUCAUGGUGGUGCCGCCCCCGCCAUCGAUAACGGCGGGUGGCAUACCGGACCCUGUGCUGUCAGGGCCCUGGUCGAUGAAGCCAUUGGGAACGGCGUCUCGGAUAUCACCGAAGCGCUCGAGAGCAAGAUCCGAGACAUGUGGGAGCUUCUUCAGGCCGAGUUGAGGAAAGAGCGUGAGCUGUUCAUGCAGUUCCAGGACUCUUUCCGCGAGAGGCGGAUUUCUGAUCACGAAACGCUUGAAGAUCAUUUUGCGAAGCUCACUUCGACGAUCAACGAUCGACUCAUUGAGUUCGAUGAGCGGAUCCAUCAAUUCAACGAAAAGCGUGCUGGGUCGCUAUCCAUGCAGCUUGCCGAAACGAUCCGCCACAUCAAGCAGUACCCAGACGCGCUGCGGCAGAUUCAGAUCAAUAUCUCUAAUGCCGAAGCGCGCGUUGCUGCGGUGGAGCAGAACGCUACCCACCGCAUCGAAGUCAUCAGAUCCGAGAUGAGUCGCGCUCUCUACGAUCAUAAGGAAAGUAACCGAGCUCAUAUCGAUCAGCUGACUGCUCGGAUCCAGCACCUCGAAAACGCUCAUGUCCGCAGAGGCGGUUCUGAUAGAUCAACGCCUUCGCGUCCGGAACGGACGCAGUUCUUCGAUAUCAGUGACCAUGGUGGGGAUAUUCCACGCCCUGCGGACCUGCCGCCAGUUCCAGGUGCUCUAUUCCCUGGCGGACCGACUACAGCCAUUCCGAGGUCUUCCCUGUUGGGUCCGAUCGAUCACGGCGAGCGCAGCAACGAGUCGCUGACGAACAACCUGCCGAAAGCCGUUCCUUCCGCAAAUGCCGCCGGAGCGACUUCCGGUCAGGCUCCGAGCCUCAGGUCAAGCCCGACCUUCCCAUGCCAAAUCUCCUAUGAUACUCGAACCGUCCCGGCAGGGAAGGGACCAUCACGAUGGUAUGAUGCGAUGCUUGGCCGAUCAAAUCUCAUUGGCAACAGUGCUGGCGCACCAAUUCUCCAUAGUGAGACCGGUACUUUUACCCUUGCGCCCGCCACGAGCGUUACUGCGACGCUUCAGCAUGCUGCAGCCAACGAUGCCAUGCCCCCGAUGCCUACCUUCAGUGCCAGAACGUCCGUUCCUGCACCCAGUGCCGCGCCAUCCGGAUUUGGCGGACCGCCGCCCGCGCGUAACGGAGACGGCGGUUGUUCCGGUGGUGAUGGCCCAACGAUAACGGGGGUGCAUAUGGCGGUGGCUUCGGAGGACAUGGACACCACGGGUCCGGUUUUGGCCCCGGUGGCGGGUGGCCCACCCGACGGCCCACCUGGUGGUCCGCCUGGUGGUGGCCCUCCUGACGGGAGUGGUCCGCCCGAUGGCGGCCUUGAUCCGCCUAGCAUCAGGCCCUCCGGUCGGCCGAGUGGGAACGAUACGUUCCAGUGCGAGCGCUGCACCGGAACUUUCCCGACCACCGUGCGACGGUCGUGCAUAUCUUGCCGAUUCUCGUGCUGCAACGGAUGUUGCCGAGAUCCUUUGAGAAUCUGUCUCGUGUGUCUUGAGAGACAGACUGGGAAUCCACCUGGUCCCAACGAUCCGGGAUUCGGUGGACCCAAGGGCGAUGGAUCGCUGAGCGAGGCCAAGAAGGCAAAGUGCAAGUCCUUUCGUCUCGAUCCCGAGCCGGAGCCUGCUCAGCUGCGACGCUGGAUCGUCGAUAUGAAAGAGCGAGUCGCGAACGCAUUCGCCUACGAUCCCGGAUACGCACUCUCAUGGGUUGAGAUUCCCGAUGGUACACGAUAUGAGGAUCUCCUCGAUGAGUGCAAGUACGGAAUGCUUGAAAACGAAUGCAACUCUGCGUUCCGUGAGUGCGUCCGAUCCAUUGCACUGAAGAAUAAGAUCCAGACCGAGACCGAGCGCAUGCAUACGAUAAACCGGCGACUCGGAAGUAGGCAAAUCUUGUGGCUAUUGUAUGAUUUCCUUCGACCACAUGUCACCGGCGAUUCGACUUUCAAGCUCGUUGACCUGAUGAAGACCACGAUUGAUCGGUUUACUCAUGGAUCCGAGCAGGAAAGGCUGGAAGCCUUCUCCAAUCGGUGGGAUCAUGUUCUCGCUGGUAUCUCAGUCGAUCGCCCCGAAGAUCCUGUUCUCUGCGCCCUCUUUUACGAGCAGGUGCGUGAGUUCCGCUGUCUCGAGCUCGACAUGCAGCUAUGGGACAGGGACGUAUCCGUACGGAACUACGCAUACUUGCGAACCGUCUGCGUCAAUGCGAUUACAACUUGGCGCCGACGUCUUCAUCCCGAGGUCAAAGAGGGUCAAGAUCGCCUGGGCGUCGUGACUCCAGGAGAGGGCGAUAUUCCCGCAGUCCGGGACGAGCAGCUCCCGCACCGACUCGCCCGAUGUCGCGAUCCCCGCGAGGCAAUGACAGCAUCCUCCUUUGGAGACUUUGCGUUCGCUUGUGCAGCAUCAUUCGAUAUGGCAUGUCCGUCAGUCAAGCGGAAGACAGUGUCAUUUGGGAACACUGAGACCCGCGUGAUAGAGUCUUCUUUCCCGGAGCCGGCCUUCGGCCCCGUCAAUCGCGAGAGGAAUUUGAGCUAUUCGUGGCCGGAAAAUAUCCGUGGUCUGAAUAGCGCUCGCGAGAGGCGAAGAGCCCAUAUGAAAGCCGUGCUGUGGCGAGAGCAGGUUUUGCUCGAUGACAUUGAUGCCAAAACGUUAGGAAAUGAUGCUUGUGUUCUUGAGCUCACGCUUUCUCAGCGGAGCGCUUGCGAAGUCUUUGCUGCUGCUGUCAAGUCUAUUAAGAGGGUACGGAGACUCAUGCUUGACUCCGGUUGCGGUAUAGACCUUAUUGGUCUCGGUGAUUUAUCCCGUGAGGAAAGGGAUCUGAUCGUCCAGAAUGCUAAGAUCAGUCUUCGGACAGCUAACGGGAAGACCAACACCAAGGGUGUCGCGCAUAUGCGCAUCGAUGGUCUUGAUGAACUGAUUGAAGCUUAUGUGUUGGAAAGCACGCCAAGUCUCCUUUCCCUUGGGAAACGAUGUAAGGAGCUUGGUUAUCGAUUCAUUUGGGAGCCCUUUUGCGAUCCGAUAUUCUUUGAUCCGAAAGGGAAACGCCUCAAGGUCGACGUGAUCAAUAAUAUUCCCUACCUUGCUCCAAGUGAGACAGAGGUAGUGGCCGGCCGACCUGAUCUCCCUCGUGUGUAUCCGGCCCUCCCAGCACCGAUUAUCGUCCACGAAAAGGUCGUUGCAGCUGGUGAGGAGCCUGGCAGCGAAUUAGACGCUGUCGGAGAACUUGAUCUCGAUAUGCCCAACGCCAAGAGCGUUCAGAAGAGUGCACCUGACGAUAACAAGAAGGUGCCCGACAAGGGUAAGCCUCAGUCGCCGCCUGAUGAACCUAGAGCGCGCGAUCUGAAAGAUGAGGCAAAGUCAAUCCGUCAUCUCAUGACUCAUCUCCCAAAGAACCCGUACUGCGAUGCCUGCCAACGUGCAAAGAUGGAAAAUGUUAAAUCCUUUCGUCAAGACUCACCGCGCGAUAAAGGGUUUGAGAAGUUUGGCGAACACGUUACCAUCGAUACCAUGGUGUUGCAUGGGCUCGGCAAUCGCGGGAAUAAUGGGGAGACGGAUGCUGUCGUCUUCUACGAUCUAGCAACCGAGUGGCUGGAGAGCGUUCCCGUUAAGGGAAGAACGAACGCCGAUACGCUCCGAGCAUUUCAACAGGUCUUUGGCGAUCUUCGAGACGUGAACUCGUGCUCCAUGGAUGUGGAGAGGAGGUAUGCACCUUCUGCGAUUCGGGAGAUCUAUUGUGAUAAAGCCCGUGAGUUCAUAUCGACCUGCAAGAAAGUCGGCAUAUCUGUGAAGCACUCCACCCCGGGAAUGCCUCGAACUAAUGCCAUUGCCGAGAGCAAGGUGAAGCUUGUCCUUCAUGGCGCACGUGUGGCGCUACGACAAGCGGGAUUGAGCGCCAAAUUCUGGCCUUACGCAUGCAAGCACUUCUGCCAUGCUCGUAACAUCGAAUUGCGCGAGGGUCAGAGUGCCUAUGCGAUGCGAUUUGAUGGUGUUGAGUUUGACGGUCAGAUUCUGCCGUUUGGUUGCCUUGUUGACUUCUAUCCUACGCCGGCACGAAAACAGACCCGGCGGAGUCAGAGAGAUGAAGUUGUCCUCGGCGAUGGUGAGGAGUACGCCGUACCUGCGCCUGGGGCCGACGGACUGAUUGAUGUCGAAAUUGGUUUCGAUGACGAUGGUUAUUUAGAGUGGAUUGAUGACGGAGACAAUGAUCAAUCUAGCACUCUUCAGGGCGCCGAAGUUGAUCAACGCUUGUCGUCUUACCAACGCCCCAGUAAGUUCUCCCCUACGAGUAAGCCUGGUAUUUUUCUGGGUUAUCAUUUUGAGAACGGGGGCAAGUGGGACGGUGACUACAUUGUCGCCGAUUUGGAAGAUUUCAAACGCGAUGCGUUGCGUGCGAGCGUCCACCAGGUCAAGAAGAUAUAUUGCUCACCCAAGGAGCGAUGGACGUUCCCGAUGCUCGCCGUGUACGACAAGCAGACUCGAUCAAUGUGCAUCAACGAUCCUGCGAUGCAGUCUUGUGCGCCUCAAUCUAGUGAGCGCCUUGACGCCUCUGAUAUGCUCGAACUCGAAGAUAUCGAUGAAAUGUUUGCCCUCGACGAGCCGACCCGAAUGACCGAAGAAGAUGUUCGGCGGGCUCGUGAAGCCGAGUUACGAGCCGAAUCUUCUCAUGGAGGAGGUGUCGACUACUGGGAAUAUGAUCCAUCGAGUCAUAAGUGGACUUAUCACGUAGUCGUCCCGAGAAAGGCGAUGAUUCAUCCCAGUAAGACUCCCGGAUCUCUUGGCGAGUCGCCUGAUCCGUGGAAGCUGAGCACAGUGCGUAUUUCGCAUGUUCAGUAUAAGGAUAAAAGUCCGGUUACGAUCUAUGAAACCGGCUAUGCCUUCGGUAAGACGAGACUGAUGCAACUCUGGACAGGCACUGUCGAAUUCUAUGAUGAUGGCUUUGCCCCAUCCAAGAAGAAGUUACCUCCUUACCAUGGGUCGGAGAUCCUGGAGGGCGAGGGGGGUUUGCCUUACCGUCAGAGUGUGCCGCGCUCCGAGCGUGUCUACAGAGGGUCUCGAAAACCGAACUCUAUCGACUCCGAAUCCUGGCGCAGCAUGAAUCGCGCCGAACGGGAGGGGUAUGUCGAGGCUGAGCGCCGAGAAGCUGAGUCUCACGCCAUGUCCCGAGAGGAUUCUCGCGAUGCCGCUCCUGUCGACAUCGCUUUCGAUUCCGAAUAUGAGUCGGGUGCUGAACGGCAUGAUAAGGAUUAUUGGUAUCACGAUGUCGCAGCUGGCACGGUCACCCGAUUUCAUGUGAUCGAGCGCCGAGCGCGCUUUAAUCCCACCUCAGUGAAGGACUGUCCUGUCGAUCCUGCGACCUUGACAGAUGUCAGGAUGACUAUGGCCAUGACCGAUGGCACAGAAUUUACGUUGCAGGACUCAUGGAGAUCAUCCGAUGUGCGAUCUCUGCCAUGUCGAUGGACAGGAAAGACCGUUUUCGUUAUCGGUUCUUCUGCCAAAACACAGAUCAAGGUUCGAACCAGUCUGCCGAAUAACGACGGAACAGAGCGCCGAGUGCAAACGGCGAACGGCUAUUAUGGCCACGCCUUACGUGCGAAGGGACGUGUUGUAGUCCCUGCUAAAUCUCGCGCCUGUGUUCUUACUGACCUUGAAUUCGAUCCCCCAAGCGGCACGUCGGCCCGCCUUCAGCCGCUACGCGGUAGUGGCCUCGAUAUUUGUCCGGCCAUGUAUACGUACAACGAAGGGGCUACCCAAUCCGGGGUCGACGUCCUUAAUCCUACCGACACCGAUCUUAUUGUCGAACCAGGACAGGAUGUGGCAGUGGUUCAGUUUUAUACUUCCGUGCUAGCCGCAGUUGAACUUGAUUUCACGGAUGAGGAUACCGGGGAUGGUACUUCUGCACCGGUAGAGCCCUCCAACGACUGUCUGGAUACCGAUGCAGCACCUGCGAUGUCUAUUCGUUCCGAUCCUCAUUCGCAUCGCUCUCCAGACUCUUCGGUGUUCUUUUACAGCGCGUGUGUCGCACGGCCUGUUGAUCGAAAAGAACGUGAACCCAAGAAGGCAUUUCCCGAGCUCACUUUUGGCGAUCGUGACACUACUGUCGCUCAGGGCUCUGUCGGUCCUCGCGAAAUCCGAAUGAUCAAGUACGAUAUGCGAUCGUUCAUGGAGCAAU